GGCUGGAGUCUAGAGUCUAUCCCAGCAGUUACCCUAGACAGGUCCACUCCAUCAUUCUGUUUUUUUUUUUUUUUUUUUUUUUUUUUGUUGUUGUUGUUUUAAGUCUAGUUAAAGAGACGUUUUGUGGUUCCCAGGUUUGUUAAGAGGAUUUAGUUUGUGUUGUAAAACUGUCAUACGGGUGUUUCCACCAUUGCGUUCCACAAAAUGGCUUUAUCUUUUAAUGCAAACUGUGCUUUUAAUGCACAUUUAUAUAAUAAAAAAUGUGAAACUGUUAGUCUCAAUCUAAAACCAAAUUAUUUCAUCAGGACGAAUUGCUGAUUUGGGUGAUUAGUAAUUUGGCAAUCUAGACUCCCAUUGAUAAACCUUAUUUAGUAAUGGCAUGUACACAUAGCAUCUUUUUAUCUUUAAUUUCUAUUUAUAAUGGGUUGUAUUAACUGUUUUAAUACGGACUGGCGGACUUUUGUGUUUUUUCUUCAUUCAAUAAUUCUUGUCUAUGGACUAAAAAGCUCCUCUGCAGAGAGCGGCUGGGAUUGGACGGCUCCUCCGCUGCCGGGACCCGUUUGAACACACAGCUCCCUUCACCAUUGGUGGGACACGUGUCUGGGGCGUUCCACUGAGGCUGCCCCGGUUGUGUCCGGGUAAGAUGGCGUUGGAAGAGCAGUGCUCGGCACCACCUCAAUGGCGGGCCAUAUCAGUGACACACGUAGAGUUUCCCGAGGGUGAUCUGACGGGAGAGGUGCUGGCCUAUAUCAGUCUUCUACCCGUCGCUAUUCUUGUGGGUUUUGUCACACUCAUUGUGUUUAAACGGGAACUGCACACGAUUUCUUUCUUCGGUGGAGUUCUCCUGAAUGAAGGAGUGAACUGGCUGCUGAAGCACAUUCUCCGAGAGCCGCGCCCUUGUGCAGGAGCUCACACAACCCUGUAUUCAGAAUAUGGGAUGCCUUCCAACCAUUCCCAGCUUAUCUGGUUCUUUGUUGUUUACUUCUUUCUCUUCCUUUAUUUAAGAAUGCAUCAAACGAACAAUGCUCGAUGUCUGGACCUGCUCUGGAGACACAUACUGUCCAUUAUCCUUUUGGGCACGGCCUUGUCAGUUUCAUUCAGCAGGGUCUACCUACUGUAUCACACUUGGAGCCAGGUUUUCUAUGGGGGAGUGGCAGGCAGUACGAUUGCUAUAAUCUGGUUCUUUUUCACACAAGAGGUGCUGACACCAUUAUUCCCCAAAAUAGCAGCAUGGCCAAUAUCAGAAUACUUCCUGGUGCGGGACACAAGCCUGAUUCCCAACAUUUUAUGGUUUGAGUAUACAGUGACCAGAUCAGAGGCAAGGAACAGACAACGAAAGCUUGGAACAAAACUUCAGUGAUCUGCACAGCCCUUUUUUGAAACUGAGUUUAGGACCACACACACACUCACACAUUCUCAUCCAAAACGCAGACAGAUGCUCAUUCGACAAAACACACUGGAGAACCAUCUUUCGGACCGACAUGGUGUAGGGCAGAAACCGUUUACAGGUGGUGAAAGAGUGCCUGGACCUGGCCUGGAGCCCACAGCCUGAGCAAGUCCGUCCACACGCCUUUCCUUCUUGUACAGCUUGCCCAAAAUGCUCUUCAGUGCAUGCAAGACUGUGCAAGAGGCAUACUAUUUAAUGAUAGAUUAAUAUAUAUAUUUUAACUAUAAAUGCACGCUGACAGUAACAGUUUACUGUAAGAGAUUUCAGGAGUUAGAAAGGAGGCUUUGGUCAAGUUACAAACAAAUUAGUGGCCGUCAUUACAGCAUGUAUUUAGUGAUUCUCCCCUCACCCCCCUUUUUUUUUUUCUUUUCCUUGAAAACUCUGAUAGGUAGCUGGUAAGAAUGGGUUGGGAGGGUGGGUUGGUUAUGGUUUUGUUGGCAAUAUAUGGAAUUAAGCAUUUUUCAUUGUUAUAUAAUAGAAAACGAACAAUUUCUAAAAUUGUUUUAUGAUGUAAUAAACAUGAAAAUUUGCACUUUGUAAAAUUUAAAGUUAAAAAAAAAAAGACUAACACUAGUUUAAUGUUAAGAUUCUUCUCCUUUUUUCCCCCCUUUAUCGGUCUUUGCUUUGUUUCUUUGACUGUCAGUCCUAAUUUUAGACUCCAGAGCUGAUCUGCAAGCAGUGUAAAUUCAAUGUACCUUCUGUACUAUUGAUUAUUAUUAUCAAGGUUGGGGUUUCUGUUCAUAUCCAUGUUUGAGGGUUAUGAGACUGAAUGACAGUGUCUGGUUUGACUUAUUUUUUAUUGUUAAGCUCAGUUUUGACUAAGAAGGUGUUUUCUAAAUGCCUCACAUACAGUAGCAGCCUGGGAACAUAAUUCUGGGAAUCAGUUUUCUUUUUUUAUUCAGUUUAUCUUGAUUUCUGCUGUUGCAGAGAAUGGUUUCCUUCUUACCUACGUUUCCGAGCUAACAUUCCUUAUCAUUUAGUGAUGAAAACAUAAUGACUUCUGAGGGGAAAUGUUUUCUUUUUGUAUUAUUUUUUUUGAAGAAAGAUUGAAAAACAGCCUCAGGUCAGUCGUAGCAUGUGAUUAGGCUUAUUCCUCGCAGCCUACGGCAGCUGGUGUUAAAAGCUGCCAAAUGGGGAUCUGAAGCUGAUUUAAAACAGUCAUAUCAUUAGCUCCACAAAGGGAAGUAGUUCUCUUAGAAAUUGAUUUUUUUUUCUUCUUUUUUCAUGUGUAACCUAUAUCAGGCUGAAUAAAAAUGUGUUUAUGUACAAAA